AUGAAGACCAAGACCAAAGGAGCUGCGCCGGCCAAGAAAGCCCGCGUGGUGAAACAAAAGACGGGCAACAACGCGAAUGUGUUGGCCCAUCAGAAGAAGCGACCUCCCAUGCACAGCGGUCGCUGGACGCCGGAGGAAGAAGAGUACGUGGUGGGCUUGAUUGCUGAGUUUGACGAUGGUCAGCUGCCGAUUGCGGAAGGGACCACUCUCCGCAGCUUUCUUGCCAAGAUGCUCAACUGCAAUCCAAAGCGGGUGUCCAAAAAGUACGACGGGAACCCAAUCUACAAUGGGAAGGCCGCCUACUCCCGCUCCAAGACCACCCUGCCACCUCCGGAAGCGUGUACUCGACAGGAGAAUCUUUUGGAAUUGGAACGCAAGUUUCGAGAGGCUCUCUUGACGAUGCAGCGCGUCGAAUCGAGGUUACAAGCUCUGACGGGGCAGUUCACGGAGCAACCGCAGAAAAAGGCGCCUCCCAAGGCAAGUGCGGUCCCAUCCGUUGCCCAUCUCAAGGUAGACAGAUCAGCCACAGCGACGCAAUCCUGGAAGUCGGAUGAUUCCUCCGUUGUCUCGUCUCUCUCGGGCGACGAGGAAGCCAUGGAUUUGGGAGACGAUGCGAAGAAGGCGGCGAGCCGUGAUUCCAAGCCUGCCGCAAGACCUGCCGCGGGGGCAGAAGAAGAGGCGGCGAGUCGCAUGCUGUUGCAGCUGAAUCCUUCCAAUCCAGUUCCUCCUGUUGCGGCCGCUUCCAUGCCCCCUCCGGCAGUCGAGACACCCCAAACUCUCUUGAAGUCGCUGUAUGAGACCCACAAUAACGCAGCAAGUGGUAGCCCAGCGCAAGCACCUCCUAGAGCUCCCGUCGCCGCUGUUGCUGCUGCGUCCGCUCCUCCCCAGGGCAUGGGUUUCCAAGCAGUCCUGCAAAAACUGAACGGCAUGCGAGGACAGCAGCAACUACCACCGGCGCCACAACCAGCGUUGCAAGCUCAGUCUUCCGCCCCUUCCAACCUCCAAGGGUUCUUUGCUCUUGCCAACUCUGCUCCUAGCUCUGGUGGUACGCCUCUUCGCCAGCCAGCGGAUACUCGAACGGGUCUGAAUGAACUCAUGCAGUUGGUUCGUCAGCCCGAGGCGACUCCGCCAAAUCCCAAUGGUGUUGGUGCGCCAGCACCCGCGAACACUGCAACCUUCCAGCAGCAACUUCAGCAACCAGCGGCACAGCAAUGGGGAAUGCAGAAUGCCGCCCUGCAGCAGGCACUGUGCCCGCAGCAACCACAGGCAUCCCAGCAGAAUUUGGAAGGCCUCAUGCAGCUAGUUGCCGCAAACGGGUCACAACCGGCCGUGCAGCAACCAGGCAUGCUUCCGCCCAUGGUGAUUCAGCUGAAUCCAGCACCUCAGCAGCAGCAGCAGACAAACACUAUUGACCUCCAAGCCGUUUUGAGCAAUGCGCUCGCGCAAGCAUUCUCCCAGCAACUGAUGAUGCAAACGCAACAGCAGCAGCAACAGCCCAAUUUUGACGCGGUUCUUUCUGGGUUGUUCAACCACGCCGCACAAGCCCAGCAGCAGCAGCCCGCGGCCAUGCCGCAGGCACCGACGAACUUGCUGGGCAUGUUGCAGCAGUCGGUUUCGACUUCCCAGCAGCAACCAAAGCCGGCACAGGCACCGGCUGCUGUGGCGCCGACGAUGGAUCCAGAGUCGUUACAGAGACUCCUUGGGCAAUUGCAGCAGCAAGUGUUGAAUCAAGGACCGUAA